AUGAGAGUUGGAGUGUUUGUUUAUAAGUCGUCCAGAAGUGUGACUCAUUUGGCAUGUCGAUUUUGCAAUGAUGAAUCUGCGGUCCAUGUUGUUGAUCCUCUACUGGAUUUACGUUAUCGCUUUGAAGACAUCAAAGAGCUUAAAUGCAUGAUUGAAGCGAGAAGACUGAAAGUUGAUGUUGAAAGUGUUGCUGCGAAUUACUACAGGUGGUGGGAUGUUUAUACGAAAUGGCGUGAUUCUUCUGUCGAGUCGCACGCAGGAAAUAUGUCACGUGACCGUGAAUUGAGACAACGCAUGUUGAACGAAAGUGAGGGACUGUUGGGUGCUUUGAGGUUACCUAAUGAUUUAUCAGGAAGCGCUAUAUGUUCCCUCGAUGUCGUUCCCUAUAUUAACAAAGUUGACAGUGAACAAAAUGGCAAACACAUAUUUUUUCUGCAAAAAGCGGGUAUGAUAAAGGUAGAACCUUCAAUUUCAAAUGCUCAUCUCAUAGGACUCCCUGCCAGUUUGCAGUAUUUUCUUCAAAAGUUGUUCCGUGAAGAAUUUGCUGGAAAUACCCUCAAUGUUUCUCCACCUUAUUUUGUACGUGGUGCAAUAAUUGAUGGUGUGAAUGUGUCGAAAGAGAGUUUUCCAGUAUUUGCUAGUGCCAUGCAUAAAGGAUCUUUGCUUUAUUUAGCAGGUCAUAGCAUCUCUUCACUGGUUUCUCUGUUCGUGAAGAAAUCCUUGAUGUUAAAGACGAAUAGAUGGCCUCUUCGUUUGUUAAGUAGCGGAGCUUCUUAUACUAUUCCAAGUAACACGUCUUCCAUGCUUAAUUUGAACAAUAUUUCGCAGCGAUCGAAGACAGUCUUGCUGUCACUCUGUAAAACACAAGAGGAAGAGGACACUGAAUAUAAAUCUCUGUCUAAAUCAUUGCAAGCAAUUUUGGAAAACAAAUUAUCUCUGGAAAUUGCUUCAUCGAUUGUUCCUGCUCAUAAAUUAUUGAAUUUCGAAUCUGCUGCAAUUGGGUUGUCAACUUCAACUGGAAUUGAGGUAGCUCGUAUUUGUACGAUUGGUUCAUACAUCUCCCGUCGAUUAUGUAUUUCGCUCGAUUUGAAACCAGGAAGUGUUUCUUUUGUGCGAAUGGUUUUUGUUGACAUCGAUCUUACAAGAAUCGUUGCGUCGAUGAUCGAAAAACAUUUGAUAUCUGGAGAAUCUGUAUCAGAGAACGUCCAUUCAUUUUUGGUGCGGUCACUUAUUGAGUCUUCAAAUUCUUAA